AGUUUUCCGUAAGUGAAAACGGAGAAUAUGUACCAGGAACGGAGUUUUCCGUGAGUGAAAACGUCUACAAAAAUCUCGCAUUUGAUUGGAUGCCACAGCAGACUAUAAUCUCUAAAUAUGGAAGCACGGAUAAUUUGG